AUGGCGUUGUUCCCCGCCUUCGUGCUCCUCCCGAGCAGCUGCUGCCAUGGGCUAAAGCGCAUCCCCGCGCCCCCGCGCCAGGCCGCCCCGGCCCUCCACCGCAGCGAGCUCUCCCGCGCCACUGCAGAGCCCCGCGCCGGCCUCGCUCUUCCGUGCGCCGACCCACGGACGGGUGCCCCUCACCGGCUUGCUGCGGCCGGCUCCGGCUUGCUGCGGCCGGCUCCGGCUCGCGCCACGACAGACGGCGGCCGGGUUCUCCGCCCCUGUGCCGACUUCUCCGCGCGCGUCGGCUGCGCCUCGCCUCCGCUCCAGUCGGCUGCCGGGUCCGGCUCCUGCGUCGCCUCGCCCUUCCAUCGGGUCCGCCUCCCGCAUGUCGACUCUGUCCCGCGCGCCGCGCCUCCCGCGCUCGGCCGGGUCACCGUGCGCGCCCGCUGGCCGGUACCUCCGGGUCGCCUCCCCGCGCCCGGCCUGGGCCGGCUCCGGGUGGCCGGCUCGCCGCCUCCGCUCCUCCCGGCUGCGCCUCCGCCCGGCUGCGCCUCGCGCACUCGGCUCGGUGCGCCCGCGACCCGCCCCCGGCGGGCUCCGCCACUCGGCUCCGCCUCUCCGCCACCCGGCCUCGCCGGCUACAGCUCCCGCCGCGAGCGUCGUGGCCGGCUGUGCCCCGCCGGGUCCCUGCUCCGGCCGUCUACUGUGGCCGGCACCUAA